UUAAUUUCGAAAAGGAAACUGUGUUUAGACCACUGGAUGGAGCCCGUCUAUUGUUUUUAUCUCAGGGAGGUGCGUCUUACUGUAAAUGAGUCAGGAAGUACUUUUACUGAACUUUACACUGCGAGUUAUUUACGUCUUCUUGUAUAUUCUUAAACCAUAACCGUGUCACUCGACUCUUGACUUUGUCCGAGACACUGGUGGCACCAUGACAGUGUUUGAAAACUGUACUGUGGUGUUAGAUGUGAAAAAUGUGCCUUUUAAAGAGAAGAAUAAACUGAGAUUAGCUCUUCUGGAGAAUGGAGGAAACAUCUCAUAUGUCAUCAACAAAGAGUGCUCUUUUGUAGUCACUAGCAAUGUGAAUGAUCUGAGCAGUAACCGGCAGCGCAGCAUCCAGAAGCUGCAGGUCCCAGUGGUCGGGGCGCAGUAUGUGUGGAGCUGUCUGGACCAAGGGCAUCUCCUGCCUUUGACGGAGCAUAAUUUGACCCCACAGCUGCCGUGUCCCACCUCUGAAUUCCUCCCUCCUUCAGAGAUAAAAGUGUCAACACACAUACUAGGAAAAGAGACAUUCAAAGGUCACCCUGAACUCCCAAAGACUGAAGCUGAGAUUCUUGAGAAGGGUGGGCCCCGUCCUGGAAGGUUCAGAGUUUACAAAGAAGGUGACCGUGACCUGCCUGAAUUUUCUUCAUAUUUUCAAGUGGCUAAGUAUUCAGUUUUUGAGAGGGUCAAACCCAAGACUUUGUCCGUUCUGGAGCUGCAGAGUGCCAAAGGCCGAGCAGGCCAGCGGUAUCGUGUCAUGUGUUCAGUCUUGCGUGAAGCUGAGACCGCAGUGGUUCAGGACAAGCUUGUGUUCUGUGUGACGUCUGAAGAUGCUGUGGAAGCUUAUCUGCAGCUGAUGAAGGAGAUGGAGACAGAGGGAUUCACAAAGACACACACACUUCCCCCUGAGGUUGAGCGCUUGGCAUCCUACAGCCUGCAGCAGCUGCUAUUGGAGGAGAAGUUGAACUGCAGCACAUUGUCACAGGAAGUUGGUGUCUUUGUGGAGCUGGUUUGGACUGAAGCUCUCGGUUCCCUUAAUAACAUCCUGACAGUCCCUGUCUCCAGAAUCAGCCUCAAUGAUGUGAGCAGGGUGGAGGGAUUGUUACUGCAGGCACAAAAGACUGAAAAAGAGGAUGAAGUCAAAGCCCUGCUAGAGGAGGUCAACAAUCUUCUACCCCUCAGAAUGAUCGACCCUCCUUCCAAACACAAGCUCGUGUCUCAAAAACUAGACCUUUGUCAGCUGAUCAGAGAUAUUGUAAAUGUGAGUGAGGCCACUCUGGGAAGCCCCUCACCCUCGUCUCUGGGAAAGUAUCGAGCUCUGAGAUGCAGCAUUGAGGUUGUUUCACCACAAAACCCUGAGUUUCAUGUUGUCUCUCAACUGCUUCAGGACAGGCCUGUUCAGAUUCAGCAGAUACUGCGUGUCAGCAGAGGGGUGGAGCUUCAGUUGUUUAUGGAGGAUUUAGGCAACAUUAAACCCCUCCUCCACUCUUCUAGUCCCAGCAGUUUUGUUGGAAUACUGUCACGAGGUCUGCUGCUGCCAAGGGUUGGAGUCGAACAGCAUGGAAUUGAGAGAACGGAUAUCGGGAAUCUUGGAGGAGGAAUCUACUUCAGUGACUCUCUGAAGACUAGUGUGAAAUACUCCAAGCCCAGUGUGACUGACGGCUCUCGGCUGCUGCUGGUGUGUGAAGUGGCACUGGGUCGGUGUAAGGACCUGCUGAAGAAAGACACCACUUUAACUCGUGCUCCUGACGGCUACCACAGUGUACAUGGAGUCCAGCGUACUCCCAACAGACUCUCUGAAUUUGAGGAUGAUGAGUUUGUCGUCUAUAACACAGAGCAGAUCAGACUGAAGUAUGUUGUGCAGUACAGUCUGGCGGGAGACGAGUUAAAAGAGUUUCAGCCUCAAAUCAACACUCAGCUCCCGGACACAACCCCUGAUAUCUUGUCCAGUGAUGACAAUGAGGGUUUGGAGUCCACUAAGAAUCCUCUGGAGGAGAUGAACGCAGGAUUGCUGGACAGCAGUGGUCAGAAACUUCCUCUACAGGCUGUCAAUGUGAGGUGCAAGCUGAUGGACCUGCUGUGUCAGGUCAUCAUAUUUCAGACCUACACAAACCAGAGUGCUGUUCCCAUUGAGGCGAAGUAUGUCUUUCCACUGGAGGAGACGGCAGCAGUGUGUGGAUUUGAAGCCUUUAUCAAUGGAAAACACGUCAUUGGAAAGGUAAAGGAAAAGGAGCAGGCUCGUAAGGAGUACAAGCAAGCCAUAGAAAAAGGUCAUGGAGCCUACCUGAUGGACCAGGAUGCACCUGAUGUAUUUACUAUCAGUGUGGGGAAUCUUCCUCCUGGAGCUACAGUUUUGAUCAAGGUGACGUUCAUCACUGAGCUGGUGGUCAGAUCUGGCUCUAUAAUCUUCUCACUGUCUGGCACCGUGGCACCAUGGCAACAGAGAGACACCCUUAAUCAGACAACUCAGGCCACUGUUGAAAAGAUUGGUGUGACGGAGCUUCAGUCAGAGGGGGAGUUUUCUCUGUCUAUGUCCAUUGAAAUGCCUUAUGAGAUCAUCAACUUGAGCUCUUCACACCGCAUCAAAACCAAGAGGACAGACUGUAAGGCAGUGAUCAGCACGUUACCGGGACAGACUCUGGGAUCUGAAGGGUUACAGGUGUCCUUCAGUCUUUCUAAUAUCCACAUGCCCAGGAUGUGGGUCGAGAACCAUCCGGAUAAAGAUAGUCAGGCCUGCAUGCUGGUGUUUUAUCCUGACUUCAAGUCAAGUGGGGUGUCCAGCUCUGGAGGCCUGUCCAGUGUGAACGAUGUGGUCAUUCUUCUGGACUCCUCCAAGUCCAUGCGGGGAGACGCCAUGCUGAACGCCCGCAGGAUUGCCCUUCAAGUCCUCAAAUCUCUGGACCGCUCGCUGAAGAUCAACAUCAUCUCUUUCAGCACUGAUUACAAGGAAGCUUUUCCUGCACCAGUGCCUUUAGAUGAGGCAUCUGAAGCAGCCAGAAAAUUUAUUUUGUCGUGUAGUGGCUCUGGUGGCAGCACUGAUCUGUGGAGGCCUCUCCGGAUCCUGAGUCUGCUGCCUCCCUGCCGGGGCGUGAGGAACAUCCUGCUGCUCUCUGAUGGACAUGUUCAAAACCAGCCUCUGACCCUGCAGCUGGUCCGAGAAAACUCCUGCCACACGCGCCUCUUCACCUGCGGACUCAGCUUGACAGCUAAUCGUCACAUGCUCAGAGCUUUGGCUCAGGCAGGUGGAGGAACAUAUGAAUAUUUUGACACAAAGAUGAAACACACUUGGACAGAGAAGGUGCGUGCUCAGGUUCAGCGUAUGGAGUCUCCAGGCUGCAGAUCAGUGGCAGUGAAGUGGCAGCAGUUUAAUCCCACAGCACCACUUCCUGUUCAAGCCCCCUCACAGCUUCAUGCUCUCUUCAGUGACUGUCACACUCUCGUAUACGGAUUUGUGCCACACUGCACUCAGGCCACACUGUUCGGUGAUUUGAGUGGACAAGAGAUUAAAACAAUGGUGUCCACCACAGAGCUACAAAAGACAAAGGGAACUUUCCUUCACAAGUUAACAGCAAGAGCAAUCAUCAGAGACUAUGAAGAUGGCAUUCUAGCUAACAGUGAGGCAGAACACGAGGGGAAGAAAGCAGAGCUAAAGUCUUACAUCAUUGAGCUCAGUAAAGAGUUCUCCAUCUUAUCCCAGUUCACAAGCUUUGUCGCCAUUGAAAAGAGGGAGCAGAAUGAGCUUGACACUGGAUUCACAGAUAUUCCUAAAAUCAUAUCAGAGGAAGAUGUGGAUAUUUUGCCAUAUAUGGGCUGGAAUGAAGAGAAGCUGAAGGCUGUGCAUAUUAGUAGUUCUGAAGAUGAUGAUGUAUGGACGGAAUCAGAGGGAUGGCUCAGUAGCUCCACAUCUGAAGAUCUCCUGGGUUCUGCUUGUGUAGCAGCUGAUUUUGAUGAUGAUUUAGAGGAUGAAUAUGAAAAUAUUGAUAAGUUUAGAAAAAAAACAUCUCCAGUUUGCGGUUCUCCUUUGCCUAGAUCCAUUGGCUCCUGGCGUCCUUCACGUUUUGAAGGUAGCACUAAUGCUUUCAGAGGCUCUCUGACAAAAUCAUCAAAGGCUGCUCCCAGGCCUGUAGCCGCUCGUCAAUAUGAAAUACCAGAGGAAGAUCUCUGCAAGGCUAGAAAGGGUUCUUUUUCUCGUCGUCCUUUACUUGGUAGUGUCUCCAUGAGUGACAGGCUUCCCCGUCCAGCUGCCUACCAGGUCACCACCUGUAUGUCUCCUCCUCCUCCUCCUCAACGUGGUGCUGCCUACAUUAGUGACAGGCCUCCCCGUCCAGCUGCCUACCAGGUCACCACCUGUAUGCCUCCUCCUCCUCCUCCUCAACGUGGUGCUGCCUAUAUGAGUGACAGGCUUCCCCGUCCAGCUGCCUCCCAGGUCACCACCUGUAUGCCUCCUCCUCCCUCAGUGGAAUCUCUCUCCAGUAUUCGCCGGACUUUACCUCCUUCUGCUGAUGCCAUGAAGUCCAGAACUGGCAUCUUGAACAAAAGGUGUUUUAUUGAGUGUCUCUGCCUACUUUUGUCAUAUGAGGUUAGUUGCUCUGAUCUUCUUAGUUUUGAAUCAGUGGGUUUCAGAGGAGACGGCCUUGAUUCCCUUACAAAAAUGUCUCCAGUAUUUUGCCCCAUGAGUUCAAUCGUUUCCUCUGCCACAGAGUUUGCCACUGAGCUUUAUGCCUCAACUCCUUCUUUCUAUGCAGAUAGUCCUCAUCCUCCUCGUCUCGCAUCUAAGCAAUUCAUGUCCAUGACUCCAAGCCCUGCUUCCCCUCCUGCUAUUUCUCGCAGGGUGGGCGCUUUUUACAGUGGGAGCAGGGCUGAUGCUCUACCUGAAGUGUCUGCACCACCCUCUGCCGCUGCAUCUCGUGACUUUUGUUUCCUCAAAAGUAGGAAUAAGCGUUCCUCAGCCCCUGGAGCACAGCGAAUGGGACGGAAACAAGUACUCCUCCAAAAAGUGGAAAAACCAAAAAGCAAACCAGACACAGUGGCCUGGAAUGAGCUGUUUGAGCUUCAGCAUGAGGAUGGAUACUGGGAGUGCACUGACAGGCUGAGCAGCUUCCUUAACCUGGACGUAGACUUUUUUGCAAACGUCUUCCUUCAAGAGAAAGGCAUCUGUUCCUUAGGUAACAUGGUUUUUUACAUGCCUGUUGUUGGUCUUAUCCAUAUUGCAGCUUAUUCUCAGCAAGAACUGCCUGUUUAG